AUGAUGCGGCGACUGAUAUCAGGCGACAAGAGUCUUAGUCGCUGCUUCGGCGUCCUUCCCGGUGGUGACCGAGCGGCCUUCUGCUUUGCACGCUUCGUGGCAACCUACCCGUCACCAUCGUCAAACCGCGGUGUGAGCAAGUCGGGCCGCAAGAAGUACAACUUUCUCACAAGCACACGGCUCGUGGAGACGGCGCGUGAGCCGCGAAGUCGUAGGGAUAUCCGCUUACGCGACGACGUCUUCUUCCACCGGCGCACACAAUUUCGAGAAUCUGUCAACAGCAACAUUGCGAAAUACAUACGGUACUUUCCUGAGAACGUCAAGCGGUAUGUUUUCUACAAAAACAAGCCGGUGAAUGUCGUUAACGCGUCGUUUCUGGGGAUGCGCAAGGUGCCAGGAUGUGUCUUGCGCCGAAUUCUACAACUUACGGAAGAUGAAAUCUUGAAGCCUAAGAACCGCGAGCAUCUGAUAGAAUUGAUUGAGAGCACAGGCACGACACCGCCGACAAAAGAAGAGUGGGCACGCUAUACCGACAAGAAGACUGGGGAGAUUAACAUCAAUUUAUACUAUCAUUCGAACCUAGACAAACCUAUGCGUAUUUUCUGUCUUCUACUGAAUUCACCACCGCCUUUCAGGGAGUUCCAGGCAUUUAUGUUGUUGAAUCGCAACAACUUCGACAUUUGCCCACCCAUGCGCACAUGGUCGUUGCGGCAGGGUCCUCUGCGCGACGAGGAGCUCGUGGAACGCGGCUCACAGAAGGAGGUACGUGACAUGGUGGGUGAGCUGGCGGACUACCAGCGUCCCCAUGUGAUGCGGGCCUUUAAGAACCUUACUUUGGAGGAGCGUAAGACAGUGCUCGAAAAGGCGGAGGCUAAUCGAAAGGAGUUGCGCCACGAAUACGAGCGGGAGCGGCUGUUUGGAGCGAAGUUAAUGUGUGGUGUGACGGCGCUGAAGGAGGUUCGUGCGUUGACGAGUCCCGCCAUCACAUACUACAACCAGGAGUACUACAAGUACAUCAUCCGCUUGGGUGGCUCUGUUGAGGCGACGCUGCGGCGGUCGAAGGAUGAGAUACCGCGUUGGUACACGUUGCCGAAGGAGGCGCGGCUGAAGUACUACUGCUUCGAGCGCGCUGUGGAGAUGCACCCUGUUGGCGGUGCCCACCUCUACCUUCGCUACUGUUGCCGCGACUACGGGUUGUCCCGUGAGGACUCGAUGGAGCGGUGGUCGGGGCUUUCGGACCUGCAAAAGGCGGCGCUUAAUUUCUGCUUCUACGCGCCGAUAUCCGCACCGCGGCGCUCCACGUCUGCGUUUCGUCGGUUUUACGUCAGUCAGUGCUACCGCCAUGGACUUGUGAUGACGGGAAAGGCGUGCAGCAAUCGGGCCUUCUUUGCGCGCGUGAAAAAAAUCUGGAUGCGCAUGAAUGCAGAUGAAAGGGCUCAGUUCGAGGACACGGAAUCAUUCUCGUCGGUGUUCCCACUUCAUUCACCGUCGUCGACAGCGCCGAGCGGACGAAACGCCUUAGACACGAGCUGUGCUGAAACUGCUACUGCUGCGACAGUGUCGGCUGAAGGAGACACCGUGCAGAGUGAUAAUGAUUGUAGUGGCGAGGCUGAAGAUGAUUUUUUUUACUUCGAGGACGAAGCCAUCGAGGACGAUCCCAACCAGCACAGCGCCCAACGGUGCGAAGCACAUGGAAUGUUGCAUCCGCAGAAAGAGGAGCACGCCAUUUUCACCAUCUAG